ACUGCCCGUGGGCUUCCUCUCACUACCAUAUCUAUGAAUAUGAAUAGGGAAACCGACCGACCUCCAGUACAGUAAGUGGCGGUGUAUGCGCCUUUCAGUUGGUUGCGAUCUGCCAAUACAAAUGUAAAGAAGAAUAAAUAUUCCAUCCGCAUAAAUCCGAAAGAUCAACGCAUCAGCGGUGCACAAACACAUUUUGGUGAAGGUCGUGAGUGCUUCUUGAAUUCCACAAUGUCUCUGGCUAAGCCUGCAAUGCGAGGACUCCUUGGGAAGCGUCUGCGGUUCCAUUUGCCCAUUGCCUUCGCUCUGUCAUUGGUGGCUGCAGCAGCUUUCAAGUAUGGUGUAACAGAGCCCAGGAAACAGGCCUAUGCCGAUUUCUACAAACAAUAUGACACCACAAAGGAGUUCAACAACAUGAGGGACGCUGGCGUUUUUGAAAGUGUCAGGCCAACUGGCGAAUAAACCCCUCUGAUGUCCCAUUGUGCAUUCCUGGUCUGAUGUUCCAGCUCUGUGAUUUACUCAUCCAACACUGCGUUUAUAUUCUCGUGAAUAAAUGAUUCUCUAUUGGUG